CCAGCCCGCCGUGAGGGAACUUCCGGCGAGCGCGGGGGCCGUGGGAGAGCCGAAGGUGGGACCGGUUCCUGGAACCUUCCUUCCCACAGCCCCUGAGGGCUGGCCCCAUGGGAAUUUGGGUGUCCAGCCCUGUUUGCUAAACUGCUUGAUGUGUGUUUCGUCUGGGCCCGGCCAACUGGCCCAGUGCCAAUAGGCGGAUCUCUAGAUAUCAGAAUAAAGCAGGUGUAUGUUUAUUGCUACAAGAUGGGGGUUAACCGGAAUCUCGCUCUUCGGGCGGGUCAAGUCUGGUCGAUAUUUUAGUAAGGGUUCGAAAGACGGAACAAAAUUGGCAGAUGUCACCGAACUGGCCAAAACCACUGGCGGGUGGAAGAAGGAAUUGAGAAUCAUCUUACAUUGAUUCGUACACGAAAUAAUCCGAGAUCGCUGAGGCACUUGGCUUCUUAUGGUAUUCUGAUGAACAGAACUUCUCCUUUGCCAGUACCUGUAAUGAGCCAUGCUUUUUCAAGAAAUUUCUUCAAUGUUGCUGCACCACUAAUAAAUAAAAGAAAAGAAUAUUCUGAAAGAAGAAUUAUAGGGUAUUCCAUGCAGGAAAUGUAUGAAGUCGUUGCUGUUGUGGAGAAUUACAAACUCUUUGUUCCUUGGUGUAAAAAGUCAGACAUACUCUUGAAGCGCUCCGGGUACUGCAAAGCACAACUAGAAAUAGGAUUCCCUCCUGUAGUAGAGAGAUACACAUCAGUUGUAACCCUAGUGAGACCACAUUUAGUUAAGGCAUCAUGCACAGAUGGGAAACUCUUUAAUCACUUGGAAACAGUGUGGCGUUUGAGCCCUGGUAUCCCUGGUUAUCCAAGGACGUGUACAUUGGAUUUUUCAAUUUCUUUUGAAUUUCGUUCACUUCUACACUCAAAACUUGCUACACUGUUUUUUGAUGAAGUUGUAAAGCAGAUGGUUGCUGCCUUUGAAAGAAGAGCAUCUAAACUCCAUGGCCCAGAAACCAGCAUCCCUCGGGAGCUGAUGCUGCAUGAAGUUCAUCAGACGUAAAGGGAACCUCUAACAACCUCAGCUAUAAACAUGUUUGUACACUUCAUUUGUACAAAGUGCCACGCUCCUCCUUUGGGGCAACUAUUUCUUAUCUGAGCUGUGGGUGUGGUCUUACACUGUGCCAAACACACCUGCUCAGCCAGACAUCUAUAGAAUGUUCAAAAGCUACAAUCAAAUGCAGUUUAAAGCCUUAUCAGUAACAGACACCUGGCAGCUCUGUAACCCGGGCUGUCUCAGGCUGCCGUUAAACGCCAAACGGCUCCAGGGAAUCACGGCCCAAGCUCUGCCUUAGCCAAGCUCCCGGGGUUUUUCAGCACUGUAACACAUUAACUCGACUUUGUGGGAACCUAACCUCACAGCAUCAACUCAGCAAGCUCUGCCCAAGCAGAAGCCAACUGACACUGGCUUCCCAGAGAAUGGCAGAGUUUGGCAACCACUGAGGGAGGAGUGCUGCUUUUAAUCCAAAUUAAUGGCAAAGGUAAGUCAGGGGUCUCCAGCUGCUCCUGGCAUGACCACAACUGCUCUCAAACUCCCCCUCACUUUCAGGGAUAAAAUGCAUAAGGAGUGCUGUAAUCUGAGUGCAGCAGUCUCAGCUACAGCCAGUGGUUCCCAGUGGACCUGUCUGGAAUGUGUGGUACAUUUGGCAGGCUGAACUUGCCCUUGCCCCUCCUUCCCUGUUACACAUUGCACUUUGGUUACCUCCAUCUCAUCUAAUGCAAACAGAACACCUUAACACAAGUAAGUGUUACCUCUCUGAGAAGCAGAUACCAGUGCUGUCCUCCCUGGAAGCAGGGAACAAGAGGUCCUGCACUUCCCACAGGCAAGCACAGCCAAGGCCAGCUGUCAUCAUAAAUCAUACAAGAGAGCACCAAACCUUCCUUCUUCAAGGGUUUUCAGUACUAUACUCCUACUGUCAUACUGCAGUCUUGAUUAAAUACAUGUUCAGUACUUCUAUUCCUGAAAUACUCUCUUCCCAGUCUCUUAAGAAACCAAGUGAAUAGGUUUGAACAGAUUCUAAAUCCUUACUUUAUGCUGCCUUGCGUUACCAAAUUUCCUUAUUGAAAUGAGGUGAGGCUUCAGGCCAGGUGCUGAAGCUGGAACUUUCUCUGCAGCAUAAGUAAUCCAUAUGGUUACUACAGACUGACCUAUUAAAUAACAUAGAAAGGUAUGUUUCAAAAAAAAUUAUAAUGUGGAAUAGUUCUUAUUAAGGAAGCUGGGGAAAGCAACAGCUGGAUAAAGGUCAUUUGUACAGAAUUGAGAAGUUUUAAAGCAAUUUUGACUGUUGAGGCAAUCAGAGAUAAACACACACAAGUUUGGGCACACCAUCCUUCUGCAGGCUAGAAUGCAGAAAACACUCUCCCAUAUACAAUGCUAGUGGUGGUGUCAGGUCAAAGAACACAGAAAGGGUCAAAGCAACAUUUCUACUACAAAAUAACUAAAUCCUUACCCCUGACCAGAACAGAGAAAACUAAGAAUAGAAGGCUCAAAGUGAGGAGGUAACCAGGUACUGUAACCGAGUAAAGGAACUUAUUUAAAACCCCAGAACCCUUUCUUAGCAAAGACUUACCUGCUUGAUGCCCUCAGGGGACUUCCCUUCCCCUGGGCCUGUUCCAGCAUGUGAAACAACCACACAGGGCAAAAUAAAGUCAGUGCACCUGCCUUGUUUCCAGAGCAUUGUUUAAUAUUUCAAAGAACUGUAGUGCAGUUCAGCUUAGAUACUUAUCAAAAUUAAAGCACUUGCAUUUCUGAGAAACGUUCUAGACAAAUGAAUGUUUCUCAGAGUGAAAUGCCCUGUCAUUUUUUUCAAGCAUAAGUGUCAAUUCCUACUGAAUCUUAGAAGCAGCAGCAGGCUGUCCAGGCUCUCCCAUGACUACAGCUUUGUGUGCAGAUGAAGAAGGUGAUACAUUUUGUAACUUUCGAGCAGUUUAUUACAUAAAGGUCACAUAACUCUAUUUGCCUACUUUGUACACAAUUGUCUAGU